AUGGGUCGCGAGGUCGAGUCCAGCGAGGUGGAGGUGGAGGCGUUACCCACGCCUCCUAAGUUCGAUCUGAACAUCGACUGGUCGCAAGUUAAUCUCGAGGCGCUUCAGUUGCCUGAAGGCGAGGAUUUCGACAUCAAAAGCGAGGACGAGGAGGAGGAGCUGGAGGUGGUGGAGUCGGAGACGGGCUUCGGGAACGUCAUCGUCGUCGACAACCUGCCCGUCGUGCCGCCCGAAAAGUUUGAGAAGCUGCAGACCGUGGCCAAGAAGAUUUUCGGGCAGAUUGGGUUGAUUCGGGAGGGGGGGCUGUGGAUGCCCGUGAAUAAGGAAACGCAGAAGACAAACGGAUAUGCCUUUAUCGAGUAUGCCACUCCCCAGGAGGCGCAAGCGGCGCGGGAGCAGAUGGACGGGUACAAGCUGGACAAGGCGCACGUGUUCAAGGUCUCCAUGUUCGACGACUUUGAGAAGUACGCGCGCGUGCCCGACCAAUACGCGCCGCCGCCGCUCAAGGAGUACACGCCCUCGGAGAACCUGCAAUGGUUCGCGGCGGACGAGCGCGGGCGCGACCAGUUUGUGAUCCGCUUCGCGUCCGAAACCGAGGUGUACUGGAACGACGCGCGCGCCGCCAAGCCCGACCCCGUCUACCGCCGCACGUUCUGGACGGAGAGCUUCGUGCAGUGGUCGCCGCUGGGCAGCUAUCUCGCCACCAUCCAUCGCCAGGGCGCGGCCAUUUGGGCCGGCUCCUCGUGGCAACGCAUCAUGCGCUUCGCACACCCGCAGGUGCGCCUGAUCGACUUCUCCCCCGGGGAGCGCUUCCUGGUGACAUACAGCAGCCACGAGCCGGCCAACCCGCGGGACACGCAGAAGGUGGUGUUGAACGUGUUUGACGUGCGCACGGGCAAGAGCAUGCGCGAGUUCAAGGGCGCCGCGGACGACUUUGCUACGGGCGGCGCUGGUGGUGUCGCUGGCGUGCAGUGGCCGGUAUUCAGGUGGGUUCCGUUAGCUGGUCCCCCCCCCUCCGCCUUCCUUUCGCAGAAGGUGGUGCUGAACGUGUUUGACGUGCGCACAGGCAAGAGCUUGCGCGAGUUCAAGGGGGCUGCGGACGACUUUGCCACUGGCGGCGCCGGCGGCGUUGCCGGCGUGGUCUUCAGGUGGGCUGUGGUCUUCAGGUGGGCUGUGGUCUUCAGGUGGGCUGUGGUCUUCAGGUGGGCUGUGGUCUUCAGGUGGGCUGUGGUCUUCAGGUGGGCUGUGGUCUUCAGGUGGGCUGUGGUCUUCAGGUGGGCUGUGGUCUUCAGGUGGGCUGUGGUCUUCAGGUGGGCUGUGGUCUUCAGGUGGGCUGUGGUCUUCAGGUGGGCUGUGGUCUUCAGGUGGGCUGUGGUCUUCAGGUGGGCUGUGGUCUUCAGGUGGGCUGUGGUCUUCAGGUGGGCGGGCGGGCGGGAGGACAAGUAUUUUGCGCGCAUGGGGAAGAACUGUGUGUCUGUGUAUGAGACGAGCACCAUGGCGCUGCUGGACAAGAAGUCCCUCAAGGCGGAUCACGUGCACGACUUCACGUGGUCGCCCGCCGAGCCCAUCCUCGCCAUGUACAUCCCCGAGUCUAAUGGCGGCAACCAGCCUGCCAGGGUGAGCCUGGUGGCCAUCCCAUCGAGGGAGGAGCUGAGGCAGAAGAAUCUGUUCAGCGUGAGCGAGUGCCGCAUGGCGUGGCAGAGCGCGGGCGAAUACCUGGCAGUCAAGGUCGACCGCUACACCAAGACCAAGAAAACCACCUACUCGGGCUUCGAGCUCUUCCGAAUCAAGGAGCGCGACAUUCCCAUCGAAGUCUUGGAGUUAGAAAACAAGAACGAUAAGGUUAUCGACUUCGCGUGGGAACCCAAAGGGCACCGGUUUGCGGUGAUUCACGGGGACGGGCCGAAGCCGGACGUGUCGAUUUACACGAUGAAGCCGGCGGGAGCGGGGGGAGGGGGGGGAGUGGUGAAGGUGGCGAAGCUGACGACGCUGAAGGGGAAGCAGGCGAACACGCUGUGCUGGUCGCCCAUGGGGCGGUUCCUGGUGCUGGCGGGGCUCAAGGGGUUCAACGGGCAGUUUGAGUUCUUCAAUGUGGACGAGCUGGAGACCAUGGGCACGGGGGAGCACUUCAUGGCCACCGAUGUGGAGUGGGACCCCACCGGCAGGUACCUAGCGACAGCAGUGACAUCAGUGCAUCAGAUGGAGAACGGAUUCCACAUCUGGUCCUUCAGUGGCCGCCUGCUCUACCAGCUGCCCCGCGACCGCUUCAUGCAGUUCCUGUGGAGACCCCGACCCCCGUCCCUGCUGCCCGCGGAAAAAGAGGCGGAAGUUUCCAAGAACCUGCGCGAGUACAGCCGAAAGUAUGAGGUGGAGGACGAGGAGGCCGGGGCGGCGUCGAGUGCUGCAGAGGUGGAGAGGCGGCGCAUGGUGCUGGACGAGUGGCGGCAGUGGCAGGCGGAGUGGCGGCACAUUGACGAGCAGGAGGAGAAGCUGCGGGCGGCGAUUAGCGGAGGCGUGAAGGAGGAGGAGGAGUAUAAGGCAGAGGAGGUGGAGGUGGAGGAGAUUAUCGACAUCCAGGAGGAGAUUGAGAGGUUUGAGUGA